AUAUAUAUAUAUAUAUCGCGAUAAUAAAUUUCUAUAAUCUGACAGAAAUCUGUGUCACGCUUGAUUCACGAGUAAUCCGUCUCAUUGUUACUCUUGUCUCAGAAUACUCGGAAUAUGCGUGUAAAACAAAACGCGCGCGCCAUAAAAUCCAUUGUGACUCCGCGUGUGACAAAAGCAACGCACAGUGCUCCGAAAUAUUUCUGUGAUCGAUGUUUGCUUGACUAAAAUAAAAUUUCGUAGAUGUACGUAGAAUAUCUAUGGACGGAGUUAUAUGCAAUCACAUAGAUCCAUUUGACACCUGCCGAAUUACAUAGGGCAUGGCAAGUUCAUGCUUCAGUGAUGUGGACGAAUAUGGUUUCGAACGACCACGCGAUUUCGAUUAUGAAACUUAUGAAGAUUUCAUGUCAGAGUACCUUAAGGUUCUUGCAAAAAUGGCUAAGAAAUGGGCAAAAAUUAUUGGUGAAGGAAAAUCGUUACAGCGAAGCAUUACUAUAAAAAAAUAUGUUCGUAAAGGCAUUCCGGGUGAACAUAGAGGAUUGGUAUGGCUUGCUGUGAGUGGCGGAGAAGAAAUAAAAAAUAUGUCGCCAGAACUUUAUCAAAAAUUAUUGCAAUCUCCGCAUAAUACAGAAAUUGCUGAAAUUAUAAAAACUGAUCUCCCAAGAACAUUUCCAGAUAAUAUAUUCUUUAAUAAUACAGAGAAUCAACAGCAUCAAUUAUAUAAUGUAUUAUUGGCUUUUGCUCAUCAAAAUAAAACUGUUGGAUAUUGUCAGGGUUUAAACUACAUAGCAGGUUUACUUUUGCUUGUAACAAAAAGCGAGGAGACAGCAUUUUGGUUACUAAAAGUAUUAAUUGACAAAAUCUUACCAGAUUAUUAUACGCGUACUAUGGAUGGUUUACUUACUGAUAUUGAUGUGCUUGCAGAGUUAGUAAGGAUAAAAAUGCCUGAUAUUUAUCAACAUGUAACAAACUUAGGAUUACCUUGGGCAGUAAUUACAACAAAAUGGUUUGUGUGUUUAUUUGCAGAGGUCUUACCUAUAGAGACUACUUUACGUAUUUGGGAUUGCCUCUUUUAUGAGGGUACCAAAAUUAUCUUCCGUGUUGCAUUGACGCUUAUAAAAAGGAACAGAUCUAAUCUGUUAGCUUGUCAAGAUUUUACAACAUUAGCUGAAUGUUUCAAGGAAAUUACAAAAGACAGUAUUGUUUUACGAUGUCACGAGUUUAUGCAGAGUAUUUUUAAAGUACCUGGAUCACUGCCUGGUAACACAAUAGCAAAACUAAGAACAAAAGUAACGCAACAACGUAUAGAACAAAAGCAAGAUAAGCUAGAACGAUAGUACUAUUGAUCAAAUUUUUCACAUACCGAAAUAUUCUAGUCAUUAUGUUAUUCAUUUGCAUCUUUUGCAAAAUGGAUGCAUGUAAAAUUGUAUUAUAUAUAUUUUGUUAUUGCAUAAUUAUUCUAUGCUCUAUUGCUGUAAAUACGUUUCAAGGAAACUUAUUUAGCCAUGUAAGAAACUACAAAUGACACAUUUUCUCAAUUACUCUAAAUUUAUUUUAGCUUAUUAUUGUAUAUACAAUAUAAUAAAAAGACAAAAAUUAGAAAAUAUUAAUACUUUAUCAAAGAUAAGCAUAUAUAAAUAUAAUUAGUUGUGAUACGAAAUAUAAUGAAAAUUGUAUAAUUAUGACACUAUGGAGAGAUGUCAUAGGAAUGUUAACUAAAUAUCUAAAAAAAAGCAAUUAUCCUCUUUUAAUAUUUUAUUAUAAUUAAUACUGAGUUUAUAUAUCCUAUAUAUCCUUUGUUUAUGCAUUAACUUUUUGCAAAAUUAUUAAUCUUGAUAUUGAGGAUAUCGAAAUUAUGUAAUAAAAUUAGCAGAUUUAGCAUGCAGCUUCAAAAAAAUAGCUUAUUUAUUAUAAAGAGUAGAUAAUGUACAAGAUAAAAUAAUAUUGAUAACUAUGUACAUUAAAAUUUGGUUCCUAAAGUAACAUAAAAGUCAGAUAUAUUACAAAUGUGUACUA